AUAUUUCCCACGGAGAAAAUUUCGGAAGCAGUGAAUGGUCAAUCCGUUGUUUUUUCCGACCAUAUGUGUAGAUGGUUAUAUAAGUCACCAUAGCGUGUCAAUUUCAUGUACUGAAAGCUAUCUUUUUAAAAGGUAGUUGUCGAGAUGGGAACGAAAACUUUUCUUCUGAUUGCAUUGUUGUCAGUCCUAGUUUUCAACGAAUCUGAAGCAUGGAGAUUUGGGAGAAUAUUUAGAAGUAUCAAGAGGACUGUGUCACCAAUGUUGGGGGGCAAUGGAAUGCAAAAUGGCCCAAACGAGUGUGGUGGAGGUGGAGGCGAAGAAUAUCAGCAACGCUCCUAUAACAGAGGCCGUCGUCGACGUCGUGCAUACCAGGGCAGAAGACGACGUAGAAGAAGAUCCAGAGGAGACAAUGAAAUUAGCGAACAGGAACUCGAGGACGCCAGUGAUUUUAUGGACAUGCUUGCUGAUGAGUAUGGCGAAAUUCAAGCCCAGAAAUUGUUUACAGACUUCUUAGCACAAUACAAGGCAAAAGAAGAAGAUGUUGAUGAUUCUGCGAAACAUCUAUUUGAUGACGAUAAGGAAGACAUCGCUAGCUUUGAAUAAUCUAAUCUAGAUUCUCCAAGAUGUUUGACUGUCGGACCGAACAUGACAUCAUGAAAUUAUAUUUUUACUUUGUUGUUUUUAUGGGCAUAAAAUAAAACGGAUGCUAAUUAUGGCAAUUUGAUGUGUGUUGAUCUGAUACAGAUU